UGCGUUGCCCAAGAGACCAUCAAACAGGAGGUGCUGAACCCUCUUCUCUACCAGUCCCAGCUGUCUCACUCUCUUCAGGCUCGUCUGGCCAGCUGUCGGAUUUUGGGGAAAGUCGCCUGCAAGUUCGACUCCCACAUAGUGAAGACAGAGCUGCUGCCGUUGGCUCGGUCGUUAUGCCAGGACCAGGACCUGGAGGUCCGAGCCUGCAUGUGCCGUCAGCUGGAGAUCCUCGCCAGAGCCGGCGGGGUGGACACCACCCGGACGGAGCUGCUCGGUGAUCUGGUGGAGUUAGCCGGAGACGAGGACAGCAGCGUCCGUCUUGCCGCCUUUGACACCGUCAUCAACCUGCUGGAGAUGAUGGACAGCGAUGACAGACUCCACGUGGUGGUUCCCAUGGUGAUGGCGGCGUGCGAGGUGUCGUCGCAGGAGGACGAAGGCGUCGUGGCGUCGCUGGCGUUCCAGUUUGGGAAGCUGUGCACCGGACUGGCAGGCUGCUUGUCUGAGGACCAGAGGACCCGGCUGCUCCAGAGGUUUCAGGCUCUGUGUGUCACCGGUCUGCAGACGGAGCGGAACCAGACCACCGGGGACGGAGCCACGCUGAUCCGCUGCAACUGCUGCUACAACCUGCCGGCCAUGGUGGUGUUUGCAGACUCAGCUCACUUCCUGUCCGAGGUCUACCCGUCCUUCUCUAGUCUCUGCUGUGACCCGGAGGUCAGCGUCCGCCGGAGCGCUGCAGCUGGUUUCCACCAGGUGGUGAAGCUGCUGGGAUCAAACGUCCAGCUGGUCCACAAAGAGCUGCUGUCUCUGCUGCAGGACGACGCUCUGGAGGUGUUGGACGCUCUGAUGAAUCACCUGGAGGAGACUCUGGAGGCGGUUCUGUCCAGAGGAGACAACCUGGCGCUGGACAACAAGUUCCCGGAGCUGCUGGGGGGGGCCCUGCUGGUGGCCGAGCAGACCGUGGGGGGGUCCCUGCGCUGGCGGCUGCAUGAGAAGCUGCUGCAGCGCUACAGCUGUCUGAGCCGGCUGCUGCCGGGAGAAACCCUGAACCAGGACUUCUGCCCCCGGGUCUUCAGCAUCCUCACCACCAACAAGGUGCUGCCGGUCCAGAAGGAGGCGGCUCGGACCUUCUGCACGUUCCUGCGUUACAACCGUAAACAGGAGCAGCGCCAGGAGAUGAUGGAGCAGCUGAUCCAAGGCCGGAGCUACUGGAACCGCCUCAGGUUCUUGGACGUGUGUGAGACAGCGAUCGAGAUCUUCUCCAGGAAAUACUUCAACAAACACUUCCUGGUCCCAGCGCUGGACCUGGUCCACGACCCCGUCGCCAACGUCAGGUAUAAGCUGUGCCAGAUGUUACCCAGACUGCGGUCGUUGCUCCGUCUCCCGACCGACAAACAGCUGCUGCAGAAACUCGACGUCUGCGUCCAGAAGCUUCUCUGGAGAGAGAAGGACAAAGACGUGGUGGCCGCCAUCCGCAAGACGGUGUUGGAACUCGACAAACUGGACAUCACAGAGCCUUUUCACAAGAGACAGGAGAGAGACCUCCUGGACCAGAAGAAGGAGAAGGAGGAGACUCUGCUGCUGGAGAUGGAACAGCUGGAGCGCCAGCAGAGUGACGGGAAACUCAGCUCUGAGAAACACCCAGAGAGACGACGAAGAGACAGUAAGACCAGUCUAUCUGCAACCAAGUCCAUGUCUGUGUCCUCGGCCGGACCCACCUUGUCCUCCGGUAGAGAGAUGAGGAAGGCUAAACUGUCCCGGAGUCGAUCUCUCAGCAGUCAGCCAACGACGUCCAAAGCUGCCAACUCAGACAGACCUCUGAAAGUGAAAGAACUGAGCAGCAUGUCUGGACCUGGGAAGUCCUCCAUGUUACCAAGCAAAGAUGACUCCUUAAGGACCGCCCACUUCUCUCUGGUGACCCAGUCCUCCUCCUCCAUGCCGGUUCUGAUCCGUAGCAACACCACCAGCCUCCUGGACAGGGUUGGUACCCUGGACCACAGAACCAGUACCCUGGAUCAGAGAGAUCAUAGAACCAGUAACAUGGACCACAGGAACAAUCUGAUGGAGCAGAGAACAGGUAAAAUGGACCACAGAACCAGUACCAUUGACCAGAGAGACCAUAGGCCCAGUUCUUUGGACCAGAGAGAGCACAGGCCCAGUUUGUUGGAUCAGAGAGACCACAGGCCCAGUACGUUAGACCAGAGAGACCACAGCCUAAGUGUGUUGGACCAGAGAGACCCCAGAACCAGUACGUUGGACCAGAGAGACCACAGAACAAGUACGUUGGACCAGAGAGACCACAGACUGAGUACAUUGGACCAGAGAGACCCCAGGUCAAGCUCUUUGGACCAGAGAGACCACCGGCCGAGUACGUUGGACCAGAGAGACCCCAGGCCGAGUUCUUUGGACCAGAGAGACCACAGACCAAGUUCUUUGGACCAGAGAGACCACAGACCAUGUACGUUGGACCAGAGAGACCCCAGGCCAAGUUCUUUGGACCAGAGAGACCCCAGAACUUUGGACCAGCGCAGUAAAACGAUGGAGAGAGGCUGCAUGGUGAAGGACGGCCAGUCCAGAAAGCUGUCGAUAAACAGGAAGUCAAACUCGUUCAGCGUCCAGUCGGGGCGAGACUGAAGACAAUGAUGUCAUGAUACUUCCACCCAGCCAUUAGCCAAUCAGCAUUCAGGGUUCACGAGUCAAUGGACUUCAGAACACUACCCAGAAUGCCACACAACACCAUCUCUCCCUUCAGACAGACAAGUCCGACAUCUCUUUUGCUUUCUGAGCACUGUGUAAUCACAUGAUCUCCUCCUGUCAUCUGAUUGGUUCAAUAAACUCCACACAAUCAA